ACAUAGUUGCGUGAGCUAUUUCCUUGAAAUAACUUUCUCUCUAUGUAUUAUAUAUGUAUAUGCUUCACUGGUUUUGCUCCUCUGGAGAACCCAGCCUAAGACAAUGUCCAAGGACCAUCUGGUCUUUUCAGAACUGUAAGCCAGCAGAUUGAUGUUAUCCCAGCAUAAUCCUUCAUGGUCUCUUUGAGAGGAACCUUUGAAAGGGGCAGUCUCCAAAGGUCUUUUAUGUAGUUGAUCAUAGAGAUUUAUAGGCUCAUGAUUCUGGGAGUUGUAGGGUGGGCCCAGAUUCUCAGUGUUAUCUGCUCCCUGCUCAUCCAAGCUCUGCCUUUACAGAUAUCUGCCCUUUUUGCCCUGGGUGAUGCAAGCGGUUUGCACUCAGCUACUAACUAAAACGUUGGCGGUUCGAAUCCACCCAGUGGUGCUGUGGAAGAAAGGCCUGGCAUUCUAUUCCAUAAAAUUACAGCCAUUGAAAACCCUGUGCAGUGCAGUUCUACUCUGACACACAUGGGGCCGUCAUGAGUCAGAAUCAGCUUGACGGCAAUGGGGCCCUUUCUAAAGAGGAGCAGAAAAUGAACAAGUCUCGGGAAUUAGUGUCUUUCAAGGAUGUGACUGUGGAGUUCACCCAGGAGGAGUGGCAGCAGCUGGACUCUGCUCAAAGAAACCUGUACAGGGAUGUGAUGCUGGAGAACUAUAGCAACCUUGUCUCAGUGGGGUAUCAGUCUCUGAAGUCAGAUUUAAUCUUCUUGUUGAAGCAAGAAGAAUCAUUGAUGGAGGAAGGAGAAAUCUCAAGCUGGGUCUAUUCAGACUUUGACAUUAGUCCUGAAAUAAAAGAAUUAAACCCACAAAAGAGCAUAUCUGAAGAAGUUACACUUCGUAACAUAGUAUAUUCAAUUUUUGAAGACUGGAAACUUGAAAUAAGAAGUCACCAGAAAAACCAAGACAAAUUUCUGAGCCAAGAUGCAUUCUUUAAUAAUAAGUUACUGCCUGAGGAGAUAGACUAUGGAUGUAAUGCACGAGGAAAAGUAGUUCAUCUGAACAGAAAAUCUAAUGAACACAUUGGAGCCUUCAUGCAGAAGUCUCACUUCCUUGCACAACAAAAAAUUCUUUCCAAUGAAAAACCUUAUAAAUGUAUUCAGUGUGGGAAGUUCUUCAGUGGAAAGUCAGGACUCAUUGUACAUCAGAGAAUUCAUACUGGGGAGAAGCCAUACAAAUGUAAUGAAUGUGAAAAAGCCUUUAUUCAGAAGUCACAACUCACUGUACAUCAGAGAACUCAUACAGGAGAGAAACCCUAUGAAUGUAGUGAAUGUGGGAAAGCUUUCAUCAAGAAGUCAACACUUAGUAUACAUCAGAGAGCUCAUACUGGAGAGAAACCAUAUGAAUGCAGUGAAUGUGGGAAAGCCUUCAUCAGGCGCUCACAGCUUAUUGAACAUCAUAGAAUUCAUACUGGGGAGAAACCUUAUAGAUGUAAUGAGUGUGGUAAAGCCUUCAGCAGGAAGUCAAAACUAAAUUUGCAUCACAGAAUUCAUACUGGGGAGAAGCCCUUUGAAUGUAGUGAAUGUAAAAGAGCAUUCAUUAAGAAGUCAGAUCUCAUUGUACAUCAAAGAAUUCAUACUGGGGAAAGAAGAUAUCAAUGCAGUGAAUGUGGGAAAGCCUUCAUCCGGAGUUCACAGUUAAUUGAACAUCAGAGAAUUCAUACUGGAGAAAAACCCUAUGAAUGCAGUGAAUGUAGGAAAGCAUUUAUCCAGAAAUCACAACUCAUUGUGCAUCAGAGAAUACAUACCGGGAAGAAACCCUUUGAAUGCAGUGAGUGUGGAAAAGCCUUCAGAAGGAAGUCACACCUCACUGUACAUCAUAGAAUACAUACUGGAGAAAAACCCUACAAAUGCAGUGAUUGUGGAAAAACUUUCAGCAAGAAAUCUACUUUUAUUAUUCAUCAGAGAAUUCAUACUGAACAGAAACCUUAUGAAUGCAAAAUAUGUGACAAAUCCUUCAGCUGGAACACCAAUCUUAUUGAACAUCAAAGAAUACAUUCUGGAGAGAAGCCUUAUGAAUGUAAUGAAUGUGGAAAAGCCUUUGGUCAGAGCACUAAUCUUAUUCAACAUCGAAGAGUCCAUACUGGGGAGAAACCUUACAAAUGUAAUGAGUGUGAAAAAGCAUUCAGUCAUAGAUCAUCCCUUAGAAAUCAUGAGAGAACUCAUACUGGAGAAAAACCCCGUCCUUGUAAUGAAUGUGGGAAAGCCUUCAGCCAUAUUUCAGCUCUUACUCAACAUCACAGAAUUCAUACUGGAAAGAAACCAUAUGAGUGUCUUGAAUGUGGGAAAACCUUUAGUCGGAGUACACAUCUUAUUGAACAUCAGGGAAUUCAUUCUGGGGAGAAAUCCUACCAGUGUAAGGAAUGUCAGAAGGUUUUUUGACACAGGACAUCACUAAUCCAACAUCAAGGAACUCACACAGGGGAGAAACCCUAUGAAGGUAAUGAAUGUGGGAAAGCCUUUAGCCAUACCCCAGCCUUCAUUCAACAUCAGAGAAUUCAUACUGGAGAGACUCCUUAUGUUUGUAAGGAAUGUGCAAAGACUUUCAGCCGAAGCACACACCUUACUGAACAUCUAAAAAUUCAUUCUGGAGGGAAACCCUACCACUGUAAUGAAUGUGGAAGAGCCUUCAGCUUAAGCUCAGCCCUUACUAAACAUAUGCAAACACAUACAGGGGAAAAACCUUAUCAGUGUAAUAAAUGUGAUUUUUUUGUCAUAGUACAUCAUUAAUUCUACAUCAGAGAAUUCAUUUCAGAAAUGAAAUCCUUUCAGAGUAAUUAAAGUGGAAAAGUCUGCAGUCAUCAGUCAUCACUUACACCUGAGCACUCACAGUGGCAAGAAACUCUAGACUGUUAUGCAAGAAAAACUUAAGCCAAAUGCUCAUUUACUAAAUAUUAUACUGUUUGUACUGAGAAUAAGCCCUGUUCUUGUAAUUAAUCUGAAAAAAUAUGUUAUCACUGACAGAAAAGUUUAUAAUGGAAUUAUUAAUCCAAAAAUGUUUGUUUCCUUUAAGGACAUGUUUAUAAAAUUAUUUUGAAUAUAAUUUAUUACAAAUGAAUAUAUUUGGUUAUAAU